UCCAGUGCACUCCACUCCUCUGUGCAUCAUCGGACUGGACGCCUUUGGCUCCAAAGGAACGUACUCUGGGGAUUAUCCAUUUAUUUUCUCAUUGCAAAAAAAAAAACACUAAGAGCUCACAUUAAAACUUGUCACAGUGGUCCAAACAUGGCUGAGGUGGCGCACAUUAGGGCUGUGGGUGACAUGGAAGAUGUCUCAAGUAAAACAGAACAUGUAAGCGUCACCGAGGACCAAGAGGAUAAGCAGAAGAGAAAAGAAAUGUCCAACGGGCAGGACAAAAAGAUUGACAAGGCACAGGUGAAUGGCGUGGAAAACAAGGGAAAAGAAAAGACGAGUGGUGAUAAAAAUAGAAGAAGGAAAACCACUAAGGCAGUAGAAGAAGAAGCGCCACCUGACACGACUGAAGAAAAGAAUGUUUCUGAUGUUAUGCUUAAAAAGGAGAAACUGUUGCGAUCCAAAAAACCUGUGGCCAGAAGUUACGUGCCCAAUGCGAACAAAGAAAAGAGCGACGUGACGGGAAAGUUUGAGGCUAUGCAAAAGGCCAGAGAGGAGCGCAGCAGGCAGAGGAACAGGGAUGAGCAGCAGAAGAGGAAAGAGCAGUACAUCAAGGAGAGGGAAUGGAACCGCAGGAAGCAACAGAUAAAAGAACUUCUUGCUUCCAGUGAUGAGGAGGAAGAGGUAAAGUCAGCAAAAGUGGAGAAAUCCUAUGUCCCCAAAAUCACAGGUAGUGUGAAGGGGAAGUUUGCUGAAAUGGAAAAACAAAGGCAAGAGGGGGAGAGGAAGAAGAUGGAAGGUGAGAGAAAGAGGAGGGAGACCCAAGACAAUCUGGAAAAAGAUAAAAUCAAAAGGGAAUUGGCCAAGAAGGCGGCUGAGGAGGGAGAUGACAGCAUCCUUGUAAGGGUGGUUCCUGCUAAGCCGUCAAGAACUCCUGGAAGAAUCAAAAUGAACUUUGAGGACAUGGAGAAGAGUCGAGAAGAGGAACUGAAGAAGUCAGCGGAGGAAGAGAAAAAAAGACGCUACGAUGAAAACAGACUCUCUUUCAGGGAGGCCAAGCGGCGCUCGAUUCUCACAGAGGAAGAUGCGGAAAAGCCUGUACAGAAGCCACUGGUGUCCCCGGGAAAGCUAAAGAUGACAUUUGAGGAACUGGAGAGGGAAAGGCAGGACCAGAAAAGAAGACAGGCUGAGGAAGAAGCCAAGCGCCGUCUCGAGGAGGAAAAGAAAGCUUUUGAGGAUGCCCGACUUGGAUUGGAUGAAGAAGAUGGAAAUCAGGCACCACGCACUGAUGACAAGGAGGACUUCAGGCCUGGAAAACUGAGGUUGAGCUUUGAAGAACUUGAGAGGCAGCGAGUUGAGGAGGAGCGCAAGAAAGCUGAGGAAGAGGCCAAGAGGCGAAUGGAGGAGGAGAGAAGAGCUUUUGCUGAAGCCAGAAAGAGCAUGCUUGUUGAUGAAGAUGACGAGGCUCUGAUGGCCCUGCUGAACCUGGAGGGCAGUGAACCUGGAAAAAUCUGUGCCAGUUUUGAGGAGUUGGAGCGCCAGAGAAGAGAAGAAGAGCACAAGAAGGCAGAGGAGGAGGCCAAGAAGAGACUGGAUGAGGAGAAGAGACUCUUUGCAGAGGCACGCAAAAGCAUGCGCCCUGGCCUGGAUCAUGAGAGCUCUGCAUAUGGACAUGAAACAGUUCUAGAUGAAGAGGAUGUAUUGGUCAGAACAGAAUCCCAGGAGGCACUCAACCCUGGAAAACUGGAGAUGAACUUUGAGGAGCUGCUGAAGGAGAAGGAGGAGGCUGAAAAAAGACGCAAGGCGGAGGAACGCAAACAAAAACUGGAGCAGGAGAAGCAAGAGUUUGAACAACUCCGACAAGAGAUGGGCGAGGAAGAAGUGAAUGAAAGUAGCAAUGUUGUGAACAGAGAGUAUGAAGAGUUGACCAAACUUAAGAGGACGGGCUCCAUCCAGGCCAAGAAUUUAAAGUCCAAGUUUGAAAAGAUCAAGCAGCUGACUGACGAGGAGAUUCAGAAAAAGAUUGAUAUGGAGCGAGCUCGGAGGAAGGCUGUGGAUGAUGAGAUUAAAGAGCGGGAAUCUGAACGGUUCCAGGAGGAGGAUGAAGAAAGCCAAAUGACUCUGGCAAAGGGUGAAGAGUCUCCAUUCAAACAGAAGGUGGACAUGCGAGCCCGGUUUGAACAAAUGGCCAAAGCCAGGGAGGAUGAGGAGAGAAGAAGGAUAGAGGAGCAGAAACUACAGCGAAUGCAGUUUGAACAACAAGAGAUUGAUGCUGCCCUCCAAAAAAAAAAGGAGGAUGACGUAGAGGACGAGGCAAGCAUCGUCAAUGGCUCCUACGAGGAUGAUGAAGAUCACGCUAGGUCGGGCGCCCCGUGGUUCAAAAAACCUCUCAAAAACCAGUCUGUGGUGGAUUCGGAGCCAGUUCGCUUCACUGCCAAGAUCAUUGGGGAGCCCAAGCCAGAGGUCACCUGGUGGUUUGAGGGAGAGAUGCUACAAGACUGUGAAGACUACCAAUACAUCGAGAGAGGCGAAACAUACUGCCUCUACUUGCCAGAGACCUUCCCUGAGGACGAGGGAGAGUACAUGUGCAAGGCAGUGAACAGCCGAGGCACGGCAGCAAGCACUUGCAUCCUCACGAUAGAAAGUAAGACCACCCUGGUGUGACUGCAUGCUUGCAUGAAACAUCAUUCUGGCACUCCAGCCAUGCUUCGAAGUGGACCGCAUGCUCCUUCUCUUCGUGAAGUGGACCACAGGUAACAGCGGCUCUUUCUGUUUUACAGCUUAUGACUACUGAGAUUCUUCCACCUGCAAGGGACUUUCUGAAUUGUCCCUCUUUGGGGAAAAAAGAUUUGUCCCUCAUGGUCAAACAAGAGGGAAAAAUAUGGAAGUAUACUCGCCAUUCCUAAAGGGGAUACACAAAACAUACAAAUGCAGACUGUUUACUUGAUAAUCGGUUGUAAAGCUGCACUCCCUGUUGAUAUAGGAAAUGACCUGUGCCAAAAAACACUGUCAAGAUGCUUGUAAAAAAAACUAAAAAGGGUUAGCAGCAUAGGUUUGACAUGUUAUUUUUUUUUUUGUCAUUAUCCUAUAUUAUUUAGUGAUGUCUUUUGUGUGUUGUUGAAAUACCAGCAAAUGUCAUUUUGAUGCUCACCCAAAGCGACAGUGACAUUGCAGUCAUCACUUACUGUAGUGGGAAAGACAACUGCUGUACUUUAUCAUGUGCAUACCAGCAGAAAUAAUCCUGUUUAAAAAACUUGGAUACACAAGAUUGAAUUUUUCUGAUGUGUAAUAGUGGAGAAAAAUGUAAAUAAAACCCAUUAUUUCCAUGAAGUGACCAUCCACAGAGCGGCUACACAUUUUUUCAAUGCCGGUACUAUUUGAGCCAAUCAAAUGCGAGUAUCCCAGAUAGGCUGCCAUACCCAGUGAUGCCAGUAAUACCCAUUGUCUCAUGCAACGGCAAUGUCAUUUUAGCAAUGGCUGUGUUCAUUUGCAGUGUCAUUUUUUGUGUUUUAAACAUUUUCUCAGAAAUAAAAAAAAAUUGCAAUUUGCAUACUUUGAGCAACAGUCGUUCAAUGAACACAGUCAUGCUUGUCUCUCCCUUCAAGUAUACUGAAGUCUAAACCACAGCAACAAAUCUCGACAUUGCUGUUAUGGCGUUGUCAAAUAGCGGGACAUUGUAAAAAAAUUAAUAAUUGAGCAUUUUUUAUUGACAAGGGUUAAAAUAUAUCCUCUGUAAUACCCCUUUAUAUUAAGUUGUUUUAAAGUGUAAUAUACUCGUUUCAUUCGAUAUGCAUUUGUGCUGGAUAGUAGGCAACUUUCAUGUUUUGAUGAAGCAAUUAUAGGCUCAAAUUUUUGUCAUACAUAAAAAAAAAAAAAAGUUUUAAUAAAACGAACAACAAGCAGCAUUCGAUGUAUUUUACUGAACAGGCACUGUAUACCUUGUGUGUGUGUGUGUGGGGGGGGGGGUGUAUGUAUUACAUAUAGUUUACCAUGGAACUCUUUGGAUUUGCUCUGUGGAACCACUAUGGAUAUAUAGUGUUCAACAUAAAUGAAUGCAUCUAUUCUAAACCGACAAAUGUCUUUGGGAGCUACAAAGUGCCAUAGACAUGGGCCAUUGUUUGCAAUUUAGAUUCGUUGAUGCACGCAACAAACACAGUGCAGAGUAAUCCGACAAAACUAAUGUUAUAAGAAUGAAAAAGCCCACUGAAAGGUUGCAAAGAAACAUGCUUACAAACCUAAAAAGGAAAUAAAAGAAGUUAUAGCUCACAUUUUAGAUUUGAGAAAAUACAUAGUUUUGAUGGAUGUUACUAAAAAUGAUUUUGAAUUUUUCAUUUUUUUCCCCCCCAGGCUUCUGAAUAUUUGUGAGAAACAAAAAUAUUGUCUUGCACAACCUGUGCAAAGAACAUGGUCUAAUUUG